CAGCUCCACACAAGACGGAGUGCUACGCGGAGACGGCUAGCUCAUGUUGUAGACCGAGGCCAAACGUCUAGAGACCCGCAUAUUGUAGUGCAGUGUUGGUAGCCGGUUCUCCUUUCAUCCUAAACUCCUCCAGUCGUCCUCUCUGCCGUGCAUCGCGUCGCUCCUUCCUCGCCCAACCGUCGUAUCCCUUUCUACUACCGCCAACAUGCCUCACGCCACGCUCACACGCGAGUCAGUCGCUUCGCACAACACACCAGAGGACCUCUGGUGCAUCAUCGACCACAAAGUCUACGAUCUCAGCGAUUUCGUCGACGCCCACCCUGGCGGCUCCGUCGUGCUCGAGCAGGUAGCUGGUCAAGAUGCGACGACGGCUUUCUACAAUCUACACAGACAAGAAGUUUUGGACAAGUACCAGGAGCUAUGCAUCGGCACAAUCGAGGGCGAGAAAUCAGAAGUCAUCGUCGGAAAGCCUGGCGAUCUGAGCCCAGUACCAUACGCAGAGCCGUUGUGGUUGCGACCCCAGUUCAAGAGCCCUUACUUCAAGGAAUCGCACCGAGCACUGCAAAAGGAGGUCCGCAAGUUUGUCGACACACACGUCACACCCGAGGCGCAACAAAAGGAGAAGGAUGGUACAUACAUCAGCCAAGAUUUGAUCAACAAGAUGGCUAAGAACGACAUGCUGGCCAUGCGUCUUGGGCCUGGAAAGCAUCUCCACGGCAAGAACCUGAUGGGUGUUGUCAAGGGCGAGGAAUUUGACUACCUCCAUGACCUUAUCCAGGCACAGGAAGGUGUGCGCGCAAACGCUCGUGGAUUCCAAGACGGCAACAUGGCUGGUAUGACCAUCAGCUUGACAGCCGUCUUGCAGUGGAUGCCUGAAUCUGAGCUGAAGACGCGCGUGGUAAACGAGGUGUUGACUGGCAAGAAGAAGAUGUGCCUAGCCAUCACCGAGGCUUUUGCUGGAUCUGAUGUCGCUGGAAUUAGGACCACUGCGACUCUGACCCCAGACGGCAAGCAUUACAUUGUACGAGGCACCAAAAAGUGGAUCACCAACGGAAUGUUCUGCGACUAUUUCGUUACAGGUUGCAAGACGGAAAAGGGCUUCUCUGUCCUACUCAUCGAACGCGAUGAGGCCGUAGAGACCAAGCUCAUCAAGACGAGCUACUCCACAACGGCAGGUACCGCAUUCGUCGAGUUCAACGAUGCCAAGGUACCGGUAGACCAUCUUCUGGGUGAAGAGCACAAGGGCUUUGUUGUUAUCAUGAGCAACUUUAACCACGAGCGCUUCAUGAUGGCUUGCGCUGUUAUCCGACAGUCUCGCACCGUUGUAGAGGAGUGCUUGAAGUGGUCUAACCAGCGAAUUGUUUUUGGCAAGAAGCUCAUAGAGCAACCUGCCAUCCGUCAAAAGCUUGCAAAGAUGGUCUCACACGUCGAAGCCAACCAAGCAUGGCUAGAAUCUAUCGCCUACCAAAUGACGCACAUGUCGUACGCGCAACAAUCAAAACACCUUGGCGGACCCAUCGGUCUACUCAAGUCGUAUGCUACUCGUUCUGCACACGAGAUUGCAGAUGAAGCCGUCAACAUCUUCGGAGGUCGCGGAAUCACCCAGGGUGGAAUGGGUCGAGUCAUUGAACAAUUCCACCGCACCUACAAGUUCGAUGCUAUCCUUGGGGGUACCGAGGAGAUUUUGGGCGAUUUGGGUGUAAGACAGGCAAUGAAGGAUUUCCCAAAGAGCAUGUUGUAAAUUUGGGUUAGCAGCGGUGUAUGAUAGUAGCGUAGUAAUAAACAUAUUUGUUUGGGCCCCAAAGCGGUCCGGAAGACGAUGAAACG